AUGGGCGCCUGCUGCUCUUCAAAGAAGAAGAACAAUCAGGUACGUGCACCCACCUCCUCCUCCCACUUCCAAGACUAUUCGAGAAAUGUUGCCAAUUCGAGGUGAUUCGUGCUGCUCCAAGUGAUAAGCCUCUUAUCAUCACCAGAUUCAUAUUAUGGCAGACGCAAACGUCAUCCUCCUUCUUCGGUGCUAGUAGUAGUUGGAGCAACACCAACGGCUUUACUUAUCUCUCUUUCUUUUGAACGCACUGCUCUCGCCACUUGCAAAAACUCUGUGCCGCGUGUACAUUGACGCCAUUUUCUGUUUUUCAACCCGAAGUUUGGAGAAAAAAGAAGAAAAUAAUCGCAACGCAAACAUAUCUUGUCCUUUUUCCCUUCUUUGACUAGCGGCCCCGUUGCGGAACAUGCGACGCUUUUGGGAAUUGGAAUUGGAAGAACGGAAAGAUUGGAUGACGAGUCGGGAACACACGUCAUUCCGAAUCAUACAGUGAAAAUGCACACUCACAUCCCUUCCCAAGUAAAAACAUUUUGUCUCGGAUGAUUCACGCAUUUUGUUUUCGUUGUCUACAUGAAUUCCUCUAAUAGUACGGUUGUGAAGGCAUCUUCGUGACAAGCGGAUGCUCGUAGUUUGACAGAAAAAUUGAGCGCAUUUCUGAAAUAUGGCCAAACAUAGUAAUUUGUGGUUUCACAUCCGUCAAAACCACCGAUUUUUCACCGGAGCACAUCUAGAUUCGGGUUCCAGAUUCGUUUUGAAGGUUUUUUUUGAAGAAAAAUUGGAAAGAAAAUAGUCACGUCUUUGCAGAAAAAUAAUCAACAAAACCUGACUGCCUUAUCAUGACCUUCUCGACGGUAUUUUUGGGUGUUUAUCUCGAAACAACAGGUCAAGAAAUAGUUGUUUUGAAGAGUAGUAUUACACUUGAUGAUUGAAUCAAGAAUCGGAUUCCGAUUCCGAUUUGGUUGGUUGUAAAUUAGAAGAGGACGCAGCCUGUCUGAAAAAAAAAGGAUUGCGAAAUUGGAAUACAUACGUAACUUGGGUCAUCUAGUAUUUCUUAGGGUGUGGGAACCCAUGAAGCCGACAAAACACACCUCCGCCAAAAGGCUCGUUGUUUGGCAUUUCUCUGAGCAAACAAAACGAAUAUGAAUACUUACUCAAAAAUAACAUGCACACGUCUUUCAGGGGGAAGUUGGAGAGAUCCGAGAGGAUGACUUGAAGGGCAUCUUCAGAGAGUUCGACCUCAACGGCGAUGGAUUCAUCCAGAGAGUUUGUGAAAUUUUCCUUGCUUUCUGUGUGAAGACUUGUUAUUCAGGAGGAACUGCGCGCGGUCAUGCAGAAGAUGGGACAGUCGCCAACUGAAGACGAGCUCGACGCGAUGUUCCAGGCCGCCGACAAGGAUCACGACGGAAACAUCGACUUCCAAGGUACUGUAGGAGUUUUAAUGCGAAUGUAGAGAAGUUGUAAUUGCAGAGUUCCUCGUAAUUGCCCGUGCUAAUCCACUUUCUCUGUCCUUGAAGGCCGUUUUCGAAGAAUUGGACGUUGAUGGAGAUGGUUACAUCACCAGGUACAAACUGUUUUUCUCAGUUUUUGUUUCCAAGUGUAUCGUUUCAGAUCCGAACUGCGCACGGCUUUCCAGAGAAUGGGACACUCGCUCUCUGAUCAGGACAUCAAAGCCAUCUACAGGCACGUCGAUCAGAACAACGACGGAAAGAUCAACUUCCAAGGUUGGACACUACUUGUUUCUCUACAAACAAAAACACAGUUCUUAUAGAGUUCUGCGAGAUGAUGACCCGUAGAAAGUAA